AUGGAAGACUUUCAUAAUUCACUUAAAUUCAAAAUUUAUAUGUGUGAAGUUUGCCAUGAGGCAUGGCCAUUAUCAUCAAAAGGCAAAAAGAGAUCUCCUUAUAUGUGUUCAAGAUGUUCACGUGACAAGAAUGGAGUGAAAAAAUUUUCAUCUCAGAAUGGAAUGAUUCCUUCACAAGUCCCAAAUGAAUUGCAAGGUUUAACACAAUUAGAGGAAAUGUUAAUAGCUCGUGUUUUCCCAGUAAUUUCUGUUUAUACAAAACCAGGUGGACAAAAAGCAUAUAAAGGUCAUUGUAUUAACUUCUCUCAAGAUAUCCAAGAGUUAGCCAAUUCAUUGCCAAGAAACCUAAGUGAAAUGCCAGUAAUAGUUGUGUCAGUCAAAGGCAAAGAUAAUACUUAUAAAGAUCUCACUGUGAGACGUGAAAAGGUCAGCUGUGCUCUGCACUGGUUAGUUCAACAUAACCCUGUAUAUAAGGAUAUCACUAUUGAUUAUGAAUUGUUGGCUUUCUUGCCUUCUGAUGGCAUUCCCACUGAGCUGCGUAAAAUUUAUUGUACUGAGAACAGUAAAGAUGAUGAAAUUGAUCCAGACAGAGGUCCUCUUGAUGAAAUACCUUUCAAUGAAGACACAGAAUUGAGUAGCACAAUUCUUAACCCUGUACAACUAAAGCCACAGAAGCAGCUGAUAAAAGAUGAGUUAUUACAAAACAGUAAAAUCAAUUGGCCUAAUAGGAAUUCAAGUCCUCUCAAUGAGUUUAAAAUUGAAUAUUUAGCUACUAUGGCAUUUCCUACUUUGUUCCCAGAUGGUAAAGGAGAUCCUACUAACAGUGCUACAAUGCGUGAUGUGACCCUUGGAGAUAAAAUAAAACAUUUGAUUAAAUUUGCUGAAUAUAAUAAUGGUAAAUGGGCUUAUAGGUUUGCAAGUCACCCACGGUUUGCUUAUUGGGCAUUCAACAUGAUUCAGAGGCACAGACUCCUUAGUCAGGGAAAUAUUUUUUUAAAGCAAAACCCUGGUGAAGCUAAGUUAACUGUAGAACAACUUCAACAAAUGCUUCAAACAAAUACGUAUUCUACUUUAAUGUCAAAACUUAUGCAUUAUGCUAAAAAUGUUACUGGUAGCAAUAGCUAUUGGCACAAAGCUAAAGAGGAUUUGCGAGCAACCAUUGCUCAAGUAGGACCGCCUACUAUAUUUUUUUACUUUAUCUUGUGCUGA